AUGUUUACCACGAGCAAGAAGAUCCUAAAGGAUAAGGGUGCAGAACCGACUGAGUUGGAAGACACUGUGGCUCAGGCAUUCUUUGAUCUGGAGAAUGCGAACCAGGAGUUGAAGAGUGACUUGAAGGAUCUUUACAUUAAUUCAGCAGUGCAAAUCGAUAUGCCUGGCAAUAGGAAAGCUGUUGUUAUUCACAUUCCAUACAGGCUGCGAAAAGCCUACAAAAAGAUUCAUGUUAGGCUGGUUAGAGAACUGGAAAAGAAGUUCAGUGGGAAGGGAGAAAUUGCUGGGUUUGCAAGCUGGUGCUCCCUGAGGAGAAAGGGUUAUAUCCCUUUUUAUAGGCUAGGGCACGGUGUUGCGGCACGACCGUGCCUUCUUUUAUCUUUGGCCGCGCUGCACGGUCGUGCCAAUUGGCACAGCCAUAUGGAUCUGGGGCACUGCUCCUGGGACACGACCGUGCAGGAUCGCAUGGCCGUGUAUGGCUUGGCUGCUGGUCGUGGGGGCACGACCGUGCAAGUUUGCACGACCAUGCAUGGAUCCAUCUCUGUUUAG